GAAAUUUCACAAUAGUGCACCGUAUUAACUAAGAAACGAUUUUGUUUAAAAACUUUUCUAAUAAUAAAUUGACAUAACAUUGUUAUAUGAGGCUGCAACUUUUGGUCAACGACUGGCAAAACAUAGUUUCAACAAAAUUGACGUAGUUCUAGACAGCAAACGAUACCGCACCGCCUGCCCCGCAAAGAAAGCAUAACCAUGGCGUUCCGGCUACUUAGCACUGCUAAGGCAAUGAGCAGCGUAAUGAAGCGCAGUUAUAUGAAAGGACCGGUGACAGAGCAGCUGCAACGCAGCAGCACCAUAGAACUGACGCCGUUGCUGCGUUACAUAGUGGAACAGUUUCAACUAUUUUGCAAAAAGCCACCCAAGGGUUUUGAGAAGUACUUCGAAGCAGGCGGCAAGUCCACACAGCCCAAAGGCGACAGUGCGAAAGCGCCAAAAGCAGCAGCAGCGGCUGGCAAAAGCGGCGGCGCAGCCAAACCUCCAAUAAGCAAGCCUGCAGAAUCAAAAUCCGAUUGGAACUUUGGCAUGUUUAGCAAUAGCACACGUGGUCCAGCUGGACGCGGCAAUCAACCAGGCGGGCGACCCUUGAGCGAGGGCGGCGGCGAUCGUGAGCGUUGGAUACUGUUGGGCGCCAUAGGUGCUGUGGUGUUAAUAGGCUCGUUUGCCUUCUUCGAAAUGGGCUACAAGGAAAUCAGCUGGAAGGAGUUUGUCAACAGCUACCUCAACAAAGGCCUUGUAGAGAAGUUGGAGGUGGUCAAUAAGAAGUGGGUGCGUGUGCGUCUGCAGCAGAGCAGCGGGCAGAGCGGCGUGCUUUGGUUUAACAUUGGCAGCGUUGACUCUUUCGAGCGCAAUCUGGAAACAGCACAGACAGAAACAGGUGUCGAGUCUAUAAACUUUGUGCCUGUCAUUUAUCGCAACGAGGUGGAGGCUUCCAGUUUGACUGGCUUGCUGCCCACUUUGCUCAUCAUUGGCUUUUUGGUUUAUAUGAUGCGCAAAUCGGCGGAUAUGAUGGGCGGACGUGGGGGUCGCAAGGGUGGUGGCCUAUUCGGCGGCGUCAUGCAGUCCACAGCGAAACUCAUCAAUCCCACUGAGAUUGGUGUGGGCUUCAAAGACGUUGCUGGUUGCGAGGAGGCCAAGAUUGAAAUCAUGGAGUUUGUCAACUUCCUAAAGAAUCCACAGCAGUAUAUUGAUUUGGGCGCCAAGAUACCAAAAGGUGCAAUGCUAACGGGACCACCUGGCACGGGCAAAACGCUGCUGGCCAAGGCUACCGCAGGCGAGGCUAAUGUGCCUUUUAUUACCGUCUCCGGCUCCGAGUUUCUAGAGAUGUUUGUGGGCGUGGGACCAUCGAGAGUGCGCGACAUGUUUGCCAUGGCACGCAAGCAUGCGCCUUGCAUACUCUUCAUAGAUGAAAUCGAUGCCGUGGGCAGAAAGCGUGGCGGCAAAACCUUUGGCGGCCACUCAGAGCAGGAGAACACACUCAAUCAGCUGCUGGUGGAGAUGGACGGCUUUAAUACCACCACAAAUGUGGUAGUGCUGGCAGCUACCAAUCGUGUAGACAUUUUGGACAAGGCGUUGAUGCGUCCCGGACGCUUUGAUCGACAGAUUUAUGUGCCGGCGCCAGAUAUCAAGGGACGUGCCAGCAUAUUCAAAGUGCAUCUGGGUGCGCUGAAGACGGAUCUGGAUAAGAAUGAGUUGUCCAGAAAGAUGGCAGCGCUAACGCCAGGAUUCACUGGCGCAGACAUAGCAAACGUUUGUAAUGAGGCAGCUUUGAUAGCGGCGAGAGAUUCCAAGGAUGCGAUUGUGCUGAAGCACUUCGAGCAAGCCAUCGAGCGUGUCAUUGCGGGCAUGGAGAAGAAAACCAAUGUGCUGGCGCCGGAGGAGAAGCGCACGGUGGCGCAUCACGAGGCUGGACAUGCAGUGGCCGGUUGGUUCCUAGAGCAUGCCGAUCCAUUGCUGAAGGUUUCCAUUAUACCACGCGGCAAGGGCUUGGGCUAUGCACAGUAUUUGCCCAAGGACCAUUAUCUUCUGUCCAAGGAGCAACUCUUUGAUCGCAUGUGCAUGACUUUGGGUGGACGCGUUGCUGAGGAGCUGUUCUUCAAUCGCAUCACCACUGGCGCGCAGGAUGAUCUUAAGAAAAUCACAGACAUUGCUUACUCCCAGGUUGUGCGCUUUGGCAUGAACGAGAAGGUCGGUCAGGUUAGCUUUGACGUUGGCCAGAGCGGUGAUCCGGUGUUCAGCAAGCCCUACUCCGAGGAUACGGCAAUGCUUAUCGACGGUGAGGUGCGCUCCAUUAUUAAGUGUGCCCAUGAGGCUACCACAGAGCUGCUGAACACACAUAAGGAGGAUGUGCGUCGCGUUGCCGAGCGCCUGCUGGCGAAUGAAGUCCUGAGCCGUGAUGAUAUGAUUGAGCUGCUUGGACCACGUCCCUUCAAGGAGAAGUCUACCUAUGAGGAGUUCGUCGAAGGCACUGGCUCCUUCGAGGAGGACACUACACUGCCGGAGGGCCUCAAGAGCUGGAACAAGGAGAAGGAAACGCACACACCUACCGAUGUGACAGACUCAACGCCGCCGCCCACAAAGCCUGUGACGGCAUAGAGUUAAAUCCUAUCUAGCCUUAGUUCUGGCCUUGUUUUUGUUGUAGUCCUAGUCGCAGCGUUAGUCAAUGUUUUUGGACUCCAGCUAGAGUCACUAAAAUUUACGGUGUGCUUAUAAAAAAGAU